UCAAGACGCUCCGAUGGAAACGCGGAUUUCAACUGAGCAGUAACUAAAAAUAAUAAUAAUAAUUGCACGAAAAAUGAGCUCAAUUGAUUCGUUACUGAGUUUUCAAACAGUUUAUGUGGAUUUGGUGUCAAUUGGCUUACAAAUGAAACAUGUAAAUGUCGAUAAUUUUGAAAGACCGAUUAAUUUCAGUUGCAAUGAUAGGAUUUCAUGGAAUGGGAGUAAUUUAUUUACGAAACUCACUGGAGAAUGUAAUUUAUUCCAUAUAGUUGCAGAACUAAACGUUCAAAAUGUGUGAAAAAUGCUUGUCAGACUGUUCAUUUGAUGUGUUAAAAUGGUGAAUUUAAAGUGGUGCAGCCUUGUAACAGACCUCUGCAGGGCAGGAUUUUGGCAGAAAUGUCAGGAGGUGGGAGAGGAUGGGUGUGGAAGGAGGGAGAGGGCUGCUGGGGGAUGUCAGCUGGUUUUGAUGUGAAGCAGUGAAAACAGGCGUAAGAGCAUCUUGAAGACUUCAUGGAGCAUCACAGUGAACUAAAAAGACCAGAUAAAGAAUGAAAAUGAAAAACCCAACUCAACGUUUUACAAAAUAUAUUUCUUUUCAGAAGCACUGCCUGGACUGAGAAGUCAUGUAGGACUAUGACAGUCCAUCAGCACAUUUCUUCUUGAGAUUUCAAGAGAAACAAACACGAUGUCUGACAGCAACGAUGUGUGGGAAUCAGCCAGCGGGACGAGGGAUGUGCUUGAAGACAACAAAGACACAAGUGGAUUCUCUGAACAUGAACUCAUUGACAUUAUGUAUAGUGCAUGUAACACCAGCAGCACAGGAGAGGUGCUGGCCUCCACCAUCAUACAGUACCUGCAGACCAUGACUGCUCAGAGCCCUCAGCAGGAUCGACUGGCUGCCCUGCGACAGCUGCUGGACCCCGACUGUCAGGACCCACAUGUGAGCAGAGAGACUUUCCACUCCACCAUGAGGGAGUGGAUCGCCCAGUGCAGCCAGGACAGCACUGAUGUGGACGGCAGUCAUGUAUCUUGGCCAGACUCUUCUCAAGUGCCUGUAAAUGGGUUGGAUUUAUCGUCUUCUCAAAGCAAAGCGACUCCAUCAGAAGGCCUCCAGUGUUCCUGUGAUGGAAAGGACCUGUCAGGCACAGUGGCUGAACUGAAGCAUGCACACCGCAAGCUGAGUGAGCAGAACAGCAGCCUGCUGAGGACCGUGGCUCAGUGUGAAGAUGUAAACCUGCAGCUCACUCUGGAGAUCACUGAGCUGAGAGCAAAGCUGGUCAGCGCUCAGCGGUCAGCAGUGAGAGCCAGAAGCCUGACAGAAGAGCUGGAGGAGACACGUCGGACAUUUAAAGAGGCCCAGGAGAGAGCGAGUCGCACACAGAGCAGCUGCAACAAACUGAGCAAUGAGGUUGAAUGUCUGAAGGUUCAUAUUAGGAGGCUUGAGGACAAGAAUGAAAAACUCACCUUUGAGAGGACGUGUUCUGAAGACAGUCUCAACAAACUGAGGAAGGUCAACGCUGAGUUGAGGGCUGAACUUGAGGAAACCCUGGUUCUGUUAACGCUGAGAGACAGAGAUAUCACAAAGAAAGACAUUCUUAUGGACAAGAUGAAGAACUCUCAUGUGGAGAAUCACAAACUGAUUGAGGGUCUGCAGUCAGAGCUGACAAGGCUUCAGGAACAUUCCCACCAAGUUCUUUUGAGGUAUGACAGUCACUGUAUCAGUCCUCAGGGUCUCUACAGUCCUCCAAACCACCGCUCUCUGCAGAGCGAGAUGCAGGAUAUGCAGCAGCAGCAUCACAGAGGCCUGGAAGACAUAAGCCUCCCAUCCCUCCACACACACAGUGAAGAUAUUCAGAGCAUCAUCCACAGGAUCAAGAGCGCAGAAAGAGCUCAUCUUUUGCACAAUAAAUAUCCUGAGAGGGAUUCUGCUCCUGUGGAAAUGCAGGAGAGGCCUUUUCCUCACCUCCAGCAGCAACAGGCAAGCAUCAAGCAGCAGCUUGUCAAUGUGCUUCAGGAGCUUGAGCUGCACAAGUGUGUGUGGGAGGAGAAAGGGGAGAAGGUGGAGGAGCGCUGGAGAGCCCGGGAGCAAAAGCAAAGCCAGACUGGGAGCCAGAGUCAGAUCCAGGAGGCCAAGAAGGUGGCCGUGGUGAACUGGUGGAAAGCCCGCAGCGUAGAGGGCGCUAAGGCGCGGACGAAAGAAACCAAAUCCAACCAGGAGCUCUCAGAGACACAAGCAAAGCUCCAGCAGGCAGAGCAGACCAUCACUGAUAUGAGGGAGCAGGUCUGCAACCUGCAAGCCUCUCUCAGAUCCGCACAGGAGUGUGCUGAAGGAAAACACACCAGCAGAGUGCUUCUUAUUGACAAGGCAAGCAACACCGAGAGAACAGAAGAGGACAGAAGUGUGGAGAAGGUCGUGAAGGAUCAGAGGGAUGCAGCAGUGGCCACGGAUCCUGUGGAGAUCUCAGGUGGAGCUGCUGCAGAGCAGGAACAAACACAGCUUCAGGUGACCACCAAAGGCCUUCUGUCCACCCUCAGACGGAUGGAGACGAUGGUCAACAGCGCUCUGGAGACCGCCGAGCUGGUGAGGGAGAGCGAGCAGAGAGUGAGCCAGGUGAGGGAGAGGAUGGAGAGCAUCACUCAGAGGGUGGAAGAAGCUCUGGUCCGAGCAGCCGACACCGAUCAGCAGCUGAACACUCUGGAAGCCAAAAUCACAGAUACGACUUCAACUCAGCCCCUAGCACUCAGUCUGCCAGCUGAUCCUGGAUCAGACUCCACCAGUUUUGUGUCUGAGCCUGAAGAGUCGGACGGAGCAGAGCGUCCUCCUCCAUCUCCUCCAAUCCCAGAAGUCAGCGAUCCUCCACAGCUACCCAUGAAUGGUGGCUCAGGACCAGGCAGCUGCACCAAGCUCCAGGAGGAGGAGGACGAACACUUAGAGCAGGAAGCUCCUCUUCAACAAAGUGGCCGUAUCUCCAAGGAGUCCUGUGACGCUGCUGCUGCUGAGAGACCCUUUAUUUUCCCCCACACCCGCUCUCGGCCCUCGCUGCUUCCCGUCAUGCCCACCCUGCCUGAGGAGGAGGAGGACUCUCCCGAGGAGCUGGACAGUUCCUCCAGCUCUCCCAGCACAUCUACACCAGCAGAAAGUCGAGCUGUCAUCAUGACCGCCCCCACCAUCGUCUACCCACAGCAGGCCGCUAUUGUCCAGCAAGAUGGACAUCCUCUGGAGCAGGCCAGGCCACACAGUCCCAGAGCUCGCAUGACCAGAAAGUCCUCUGGAGGACCCAUCACCACAGUCGACAACACAGGUAACGUGAUCGACCUGGUCAAAGAUCAGCUCCCGGAGCUGCAGCUCUCCGAGGAGGAUCGACAGAAGAACCUGGAGCUGCUCGAACAGGCCAAGAAGGUCAGCGAUCAAUUUCUGACGCGUCGCGGCCGCCGAUCCACCAGCAGCCUCACCAACUCGCCCACAGCUCUUUCUCCACCUCCCACACCAUCAUCCUCACCAUGUUCAUCGAGGAGCAGCUCACUGACUGUGGCCCCUCAGACUGUAGGACCUUCAGAGUCAACCCAUGUCAGCCCACAGCCAGUCGGUCAGCAUCUGGAGGUUCCUUCAGGCAGGGAGCAGUCUGAUGUAACAAGCCAGGAUCAAGAGGGCAGGCUGUUUGUGGACUGGAAGGCGCCUGAGAAAAGGAAAGUGUCGUCUGGAACUUUGACGCCUCGUUUUGCGGUUCAGAAGGACAACUGUGAUCUUGCUGUUCCGAAGAGUCCUCCCUCAGUCAGUAAAACAGAUGAGGUUUCAGGUCGAAACCCAAACCAGGCCCCGGCCACAGGGGUGGCCAAGCCUGUCCCCAGACCUCCCACCCAGCAGGCCCCCUGCACCGCAGAGAUCAAGACCAUCGGGGCCUUUCCUCCGCUGAUGAGGGCUGUUUCCUGGGAUACCGUAGGCAGCCUCAAUUCUAGAAACGGAGCCCCGAGUUUUCCUCCUACAGCCGAGGACACUUUCUCAGACAAACCCAGGGAUGCUGUGUUCAAGUCCUCAGGAUAUAAGGACCUCCCCACUCAGCCGGGGCCAGUGCAGAAACUGUCUAAACUCAGAGAGGAGCACAAGCUGAUGCGUAACCAAAGCAUUGUGGGAUCCAAGUUACCAGACUUGAGCGAAGCUGCUGAACAGGAAAAAGGAUCUUCAUCUUCUCCCAAACCAGCCAGCAGUGAGGAGACGAAGGAGAAAUCCGAUGCCAUGCCUAACAUUUCAGAUGUGAUGCUGAGAAAACUCAAACAUUCACCGCGGCCUGCCGGGCUGUGCACCUCACUCACUGAGAAAGAAGUUGAGAACGCGUUCGUCCAGCUGUCACUGGCAUUUCGUAAUGACAACUACACUCUGGAGACGCGGCUCAAACAGGCGGAGAGGGAGAGGAAUCUGACGGAGGAAGACACCGAGAAAGAGCUGGAAGAUUUCAAAGGAGCGCUGAAGAUGACUUCACCUCAGUGGCAGAACCUGGAGCAGCGUGAAGCCUAUCAGCGCCUCAUAGAGACGGUGGCCGUCCUGCACCGACUCGCCACUCGACUCUCCAGCAGAGCAGAGAUAGUCGGAGCGGUUCGACAGGAGAAACGUAUGAACAAAGCCACUGAAGUCAUGAUGCAAUAUGUUGAAAAUCUGAAGAGGACGUAUGAGAAGGAUCAUGCAGAGCUGAUGGAGUUUAAGAAGCUGGCCAACCAGAACUCUAAUCGUUGUUAUGGAGGAUCUGUAGACACUGGAGAUGAUGGAGUUCCACGGCCAUCAAGAUCAAUGUCCCUCACCCUUGGAAAGGCUUUGCCCAGACGCAGGGUGAGCGUAGCAGUGGUGCCCAAGUUUAACCUCCUCAACAUCCCGGGUCAGACCCCAGCCACAGCUGUCCCGAGCCCCAACGCAGGACCCGCGGCUGGUGCUACUCUUCCUGCCCUGUGUGAAGCAAAUGAUGUGAAAGGCAGCACCACCCCAGAGGCAGCACAGCCGCCAGCAGCAGCAGCAGCAGCAGCAGCAGAAUGUGGAAAGAGUGUGUCGGAGCAGGAAAGUGAGCCGGCCAAGCCUUCUGUAAACUUGGAGGAGAUCAGAGCCGAGAUCAAGGCAAAGAUCGAGGAGGAGGCGUACAAUAAAGGUUAUCAGGAGGGACUGAAGCAAAGCAAAGCACUGCAGGAAGAGAAAUGUGAAGAGGAGAACGCUGCAGAGAAGCUGCUGGAAUCGAAACAUAAGGAUGAAGAGAGCGGAAAGAGGUUCAAGAGCAGCAGGAGGAUGGAGGAGGUUCUGGCUAUUCUCACUCGGUUUUGUCCAAAGGUCAACGUGAGUCGGCGGCUUCUCCUGAUCGCCCUGACGCUGCUCGUGGUGAUGUGUGUGGUUAUCAGUAUUUUUACGUUCUUCAGUGACUACUACAACCGACGUGAGGACACGUAAGGAGAGAAGGACUCUGUGCGAGACACGAUGGAGAUCUUUGGGCUGAGAAACGGCACAACCAAAGAACCAGCAGAAGCACGGAGACCACAGUCACCAUCGUGUCUCUGUCAGUUUACCAUAUCAUCACACUCAGACUCACUUGAAUCAAACGACCCCGACGCUCGAAGGGUCGAAGACGUUUUGGGAGGCUUUGUGGAUAGGUUUUGUUUAGAAUGGAAAAUUGACGGUUUGCUGCAGCAAAUUACGAUAAUUUCUGUUUAGGGACCAAGUAAAUAGUGUGCUGAAAUAUAUAUUUAAUUAAAUUAGAUGCACAUGUAAGGAUACAUUCUGGUUCUGGUACUUUGGAUGAGGAGUAAUAAAUGCUACAGUAGAAAAGAAAAUGUAUAUUUAUCUACACUCUAAUGUUAAAGUACAAUCUCUCAGGUCCAAUAGAUAAUAAUGCCUCUGAGAGAUUUUGAAUUCAUAUUUAAAGAUUUUUAUUUGUUGUUUAAAAUCUAUAUUUAAAGACUGAAAUAAUAAUAAUAAGCACAUUCCAAAGUAGUUCCUUAAGUGCAAUAUUUUGCAGUUGAUGGUUCUCGUUUGUGUUGUUUUGGAUUGUGUCCUCAGAGCACUGACAAAUUUUCCUCUUGUAUGAGAGCACUGUUUAGAUGGCAUAAGGCUUAUUUUUAUCUUUUUUUUUUGCACAAGUGUGCCUGCCUGUGUUGUUUGGUCUUUGUGGAUUUUUGCUCUGUCACUUCACCUUUCAAUAAAAGGUGCCUGAAAACA